CUGUCCAACCCCGCUAUGCUGGAGUCCUGCCCACUGCCAUUCGACGAGGGACGCCUCUGGAAGGGGGAGACCGGGGAGAAGCUCAAGGGGCAGCUGCAGGUGGGGGUCGUCGGGGGGCAGGCAGGCGAGGGGGCACGCGCGCGCACGUGCGAGGGCCCUGGCGGCGCGCCACGGUCGCGAACGCGGCGCCAAAAGCGUCGGGGCGUCGCGUUGCGGCCCCUCUCGCGGCGUUGA